UUUGUGUUGUUUUUCGUUCAGGUCAGUUUUUGGAACUGACAUCAGAGUUACAGGCAGCUCGCACAACUAGAUUACUUCAUGAUAUUGGUGUAGCACCAUUUUUGGGGUUAAGGGCAAUUUGGGAUUCAGCCAUCAAGAUGUCAGUUAAGAUGACUUAAUAGCAAUGAACAGAAGCAGUGUUGUGGAAGAAGGAGAUAUGUGUGUGUGUGUGUGUGAUCUGAUACCACACACACACUGACACACCAACUAACAAUGAGUUAGUUAGCUGUUAGUUUAUCAGCGUUGUACAGAAGACACAGGGCGGUGGGAGGGUAGAUUAAGACCAUAUAGGACGGGAUGACUUUCUUUUCCGAGCCACCACCCCAGAGUUCAUUCAUUCAGCAGGCUCUGGAAAGUGGUGCACAGCAUCUUCAAUCGUCUGAAUAUUUCAACUAUCUAAAGGCUUAAGAAAUAAAAUGGAAGGGCCUUUUAUGUGUGUAAGAGAAGAAAAUGGAAAAGUCUCUCGAAUUAUUCGCAUCGGAACUCGGAAAAGCCAGCUGGCUCGGAUUCAGACAGACAGCGUGGCUGAGAAACUGAAAGAGCUCUAUCCAGACUUGCAGCUAGAGAUAGUUGCCAUGUCAACAGUUGGAGACAAGAUCCUUGACACUGCCUUAUCAAAGAUUGGAGAGAAGAGUUUAUUCACCAAAGAGCUGGAGAAUGCCCUUGAAAGAAAUGAGGUGGACCUUGUUGUGCACUCUCUAAAAGAUCUUCCUACUUCUCUGCCUCCUGGUUUCACCAUCGGUGCUGUACUCCAACGUGAAAAUCCUCAUGAUGCCGUAGUGCUUCAUCCAAAGAAUGCUGGACUUACCCUGGACAGCCUGCCAGAAAAGAGCGUGAUAGGCACGAGUUCGCUCCGCCGGGCUGCGCAGCUAAAAAAAAGGUUCCCACAGCUGGAAUUUGAAAACAUUAGAGGCAACCUUAAUACUCGUCUGAAGAAGCUGGAUGAGAAGGAGGACUACGCUGCCAUCAUUCUGGCUGCUGCUGGUCUCAAGCGCAUGGGCUGGGAGAGCCGUAUCAGUCAGAUUCUGGGUGCUGAAGACUGCAUGUAUGCUGUAGGUCAGGGUGCGUUGGCAGUGGAAGUGAGGGCAAGAGACCGAGACAUCCUCAAGAUGGUGUCUAUUCUCCACCACCCUUGUACUGUGCUGCGCUGCAUCUCUGAAAGGGCUUUCCUUAAGCAGCUGGAGGGAGGCUGCAGUGUUCCUGUUGCUGUCUACACAGAAGUAAAGAAUUCUGUGCUCUAUUUGACAGGUGCAGUUUACAGUCUGGAUGGUGCUGACUGUUUGAAGGACACCAUGCAAACCAAUAUCGAAUUAGAUAACAUGGUGCAUCACAGCGCAGAGGAGCGCGCUCAUGUCGGAGUCACGGCCAACAGCAUAUCGCUGACUGCUCUGGACGCUGCAGAGAAACUGGGUGUUGAUCUCGCCAACCUGCUGCUCAGUAAAGGAGCCAAGGACAUCCUUACCAUGGCCAGACAGCUUAACGAUGUCCGAUAACAGCUUUGUUCAGCUGCAAGCCAACUGCUCUACAUGAUACACUUAACACUGCCAACAUCAUAAAUGCAUACACACAUGUUUGAAGUGAAGGGCAUAACAGUAUGAUUAUAUACCUCUGUUGUCAUCACAACACGUUUUCCAGCACUGAAUGCACUGAAGUGAUGAUAUUUCUUUUCAGUGCUUUAGAAUGAAAACAAACCAUAUACAUGCUCAUGAUUUCUUGAGUUCCAUGUCAAAUAACUUUCUCAGGUGACCUCAAAAAAAAGCUUCAUUUGCUAGUCAAGGCUUCUGAAACAGGGUUUUACAUACAACAUUGAGUGUAGCUGGUGUUCAGUAGGUCUGAGUUCUCUGUAUCAUUAUUCUAUACUUAAACUGCAGAAUAUAUAAAGAAAUUUUAUAGUUUUAGUAGGUUAUACAUUUUUAUUAUUUAGUCAUUAAGCAGUUUGGAGCGUUGUAUGUUUUCUUAUAUUCCAUUUAUUUCUAUGAACCUAUACUUUCUACACUCAUUGCAGUAAUACUUCUUUCAUAGUAGCUGACUUGGGCUUCUUUGUAUUCGUUGUUGCCUCUUAAAAACCUUGGUACAGAUCAAAGGUGCCCAAAUUUUCAGCAGCGAUCAUUAAUAAGGUUGAAAGAACAAAUCCUUUAAAUGUGAACAGAUGAACACAACAGUUGUGGUUGCAGUUGUAACUAUUUUGAAUGGAACAAGCUGCUAAAUACAGUAAGCUGUUUAAGCAUGUAGAAAUGCUAGCAGAAAGAAAACCUAUAAAUGACCAUUACUGGUCCUACAAAUUGUAUUUACUAAAAUAACAGUAAGAAUAUGAACAUCUUAUAUGUAUUGAUUCAUUUUGUGACACACAAGUCAGCUGGAAACAACUUUCUGACUUUGAAAGAUAUCCCAACAGAUUGGUCUGUGUUUUGGCAACUAGUAGCUCAGUAUAUGAUGUUUAUUGAUUAUUAGUACUACAGUAUGUAUAUUAACCCCCAAACAGACUCAAUCAUUUGUGCCUUAGUUAUCCAUAAAAAUGGAUGAACAAUGCAGCAAUUUUGAUUUAUAUCGUUGCCUACAGUUGUAAAAUGUGGACAGCAAGCAUUUCAUGUUUAUUUUAAACCAAGUAAGAUGACUUUCCCCGAUCUGGUCCUUUAAUACAGGGCUGAAAUGGGUUCAGGAAGUAAACAUGACUGUAGAAAAGCUGCAGGAUGAGACUCAGUUUAAUACUGAAUCAUUUAUGGGUUUGGUCUGAUGCCACUAAUCCCUUUAUAGUGCCUUAAUGUGAUCAUACAAUCUGUAAAAUGCAUACGAAACUGAAAUUAAAGAUGUUUUUGUCCA